CUUUCUCUUCUCGUACCAAUGCAGAAAAAACCCCACAUAGCCAUUGUACCAAGUCCAGGAAUGGGACACUUGAUCCCUAUGGUUGAGUUUGCUAAGAGACUAAAAAAUUACCACAAUAUCUCAGCAACUUUCAUCAUCUCAAAUGAUGGACCUUUAUCCACAUCUCAAAAUGCUUUUCUUGAUUCACUCCCCAAUGGCUUAAACUAUCUCAUUCUUCCUCCUAUCAACUUUGAUGAUUUGCCACAAGACACCCAAGCAGAAACCCUAAUCAGUCUCAUGGUUACGCGGUCUCUUCAUUCGCUUCGUGAAGCAUUAAGGCCCUUGGUUGUAGAAACAAACAUGGUGGCUUUAUUUGUUGAUCUUUUUGGCACAGAUGCUUUUGAUGUUGCUAUUGAAUUUGGAGUUCCACCUUAUGUGUUUUUCCCAUCUAAUGCUAUGUCAUUGUCUUUCACUUUUUAUUUGCCUAAACUUGAUCAAAUGGUUUCAUGCGAGUAUAGGGACUUGCCUGAACCGGUUCAAAUUCCAGGUUGCAUACCGGUUCAUGGACAAGACUUGGUUGACCCGGUUCAAGAUAGAAAGAAUGAUGCAUACAAAUGGAUGCUUCAUAAUGUAAAAAGGUAUAUGAUGGCUGAGGGUAUAGUUGUAAAUACCUUCAAGGAGUUAGAGAGUGAUGCCUUGAAAGUAUUGCUAGAGGAUGGGGCGGGUAAGCCGCGGGUGUAUCCAGUUGGACCCCUGAUACAAACCGGUUCAAGUAGUGAUGUAGAUGGGUUAGAGUGUUUGAGGUGGUUAGAUGGUCAGCCAUGUGGUUCUGUUUUGUACAUAUCUUUUGGAAGUGGUGGAACCCUUUCAACUAAUCAGCUUAAUGAGUUAGCCAUGGGUUUGGAGUUGAGUGAACAAAAGUUCUUAUGGGUGGUUAGAAGCCCUAAUGAUCAACCUAACGCUACCUAUUUUGAUUCUCAUGGACACAAGGACCCUUUAGGUUUUUUACCAAAAGGGUUCUUGGAAAGAACUCAAGGUAACGGGCUUGUGGUUCCUUCAUGGGCCCCACAAGCCCAGAUCCUCAGCCACAGUUCAACUGGUGGGUUCCUGACCCAUUGUGGCUGGAACUCAAUUCUCGAGACUCUAGUCCAUGGCGUGCCGGUUAUCACUUGGCCACUUUAUGCAGAGCAAAAGAUGAACGCGUUAUACCUAACCAAAGGUCUGAAAGUAGCAUUAAGGCCUACUAUCGGUGAAAAUGGCAUUGUUGGUCAUGCGGAGAUUGCAAGGGUCGUGAGGGGUUUAUUCGAGGGGGAAGAAGUGCAAUCAAUUAGAAGUCGAAUUCGGGAUCUCAAAAAUGAAGCUGCUAAUGUUCUUAGGGAAGAUGGGUGCUCUACAAAAACCUUAGAGCAAUUGGCUUCCAAGUUGAAAUACAAGAUCUAAGCAUUAAGAUUUUCAACGAUUUUUUCGUUAUUAUAACAUAUUUAUCUUUAGCAUAAUAAUGUGUUUUUGUGGAGUUUAUGUUGUAUGAAUAAUUCGUGUUGAAUUCUUGAGUUUGUUUGAGCAA